GCAGCAGGUCCAGAGUUGGGAUGUGAGGAUGGCGAGCCUAGCGGUGGUCGGACAUGACACUCCCAUCCAUGUGUACAUGGAGUGGUACAUGCAGAUCACUCGCAUCAUUAUUGGCAACCCCUCUAGGCGUCGUCCAGAUGGCCUGGGAUAUGUAGCUCUCGCAGGAGCGUACGAGGCGCUGGUACGGACCGUUCAGACGAUGCGCUAUGAGAGCACUGCCCGUACGGAGUCCCCCGAGACGGCGGAGUACGCAGCACGGAUGAUUGAGCUUGCCGAGACUGGUAUGAGACAGGCACAUGACUUUGAGCAUCUCCAUGAGCGUGUUCCCCGUGCCCCACCUGGGGCAGCAGGUAGCCGUGGUCGCCGAGGAGCUGGUGGUCGUCGCAGAGGUGCUAGGGCUGGCAGAGGUGAUGACGCUCCGUCGACAGAUAUCCCAUCGACUUCUCAUUCCCGGCCGUCGACUUCACAGACACCUCUGUAUACGCCGGAACUUUUUUCAGGUUAUGUGCCCUGGCCUUCACUUUCAGAUCCACCAGUUCGUGAUCCACAGGGUGAGCGGCCUGUUCGUGAUCUACAGGGUGGCCUACAUUUGCAGUUCGACGACUCCAUGUUCGAGGACUUCGUGUUUGAUGUGGCACCAUCUGCAUCUCCUGCUCCAGCGGCCGCUCAGGAGCCCUCUCACCAGGCAUCUAUGGAGGCCGUCGACACACAGGUUCAUUGUUCUACGCCUGUGGGUCCACAAGAGCGACCCAUCCAGGAGACUACCUCAUAUUCACCACCACACCUAUCUCAGGAGCCUACUCAGGCGCCCGUUGACACACAGGUUCUAUUAAAUAAAUAACGUUAAUGUAUUCAAUAUAAAUAAUAAAUGGUACUAAUUAUUAUAUACUUUUCAGGUUCAUCCUUCGGCACCUGAGGUGGCGACUCCCGACGAGGUAGAGUUCGAGAUACCAGACCUAACUCAGCCUGAGGUUCUGAGUGUGCCAGCGGGACAAGAUCCUAAGAAGAAGCACGUUCUAGUCAAGGGAGCACGUGCCAGGCAAAGAGAUGAUGAUCAUGACUUGGAGCGCCCUGUUAUUAAGAGGAAAAAAGGCGAUGGAGACGAUGACGAGGGCGGUGGGGAUGGUAUGAGCCUUAGGCCUAGGGAUAGUCUCCGGCAUACUACAUGUGGGACCCAUCCUCGAUAGUGUAUAUACAUUAGUGUUGUAAAAUUUAUCGUAAAUAACAUAUUUUUU